GAGAAGACGAGCAAAUGCAAAAGUCAAAAUGUCAACCUUUUGACCUAGCUCCGAAGAUAUUUCUUGGAUCUUCUUGAAUCUAAUCAAUCGUCUUCACUUCAAUUUUUGGGAUCAGAUCUCAACAGCGUUUGGUGUAACCAGAUUCACGCUGGAUUGAUCGACCAACGGAGUUGCAGCGUGAUCUCAGAACAGUGUUUUUUUAUAGGAAAUCUCAAUUCAUCGUCAGUGAAUAUGGGAUAUCUUAAUUCAAUUCCGGGUCAACCCAAUGGGGAUUCCCCUGUUAGUGGUGGUGGACUCAGUCAAGAUUCAAAAUUCAGCUAUGGGUUUGCAAGCUCUCCUGGAAAGAGAUCUUCAAUGGAAGAUUUCUAUGAGGCAAGAAUUGACGGUGUAGAUGGUGAGACAGUUGGCCUCUUUGGAGUCUUUGAUGGUCACGGUGGUGCUCGGGCUGCAGAAUAUGUCAAACAACAUCUGUUUACUAAUCUUAUUAAACACCCAAAGUUCAUAUCUGAUACCAAAGCAGCUAUAUCUGAUGCAUACAGUCAUACAGAUACCGAAUUUCUGAAAUCAGAGAACAAUCAGAACAGAGAUGCUGGAUCAACUGCUUCCACCGCCAUUCUUGUUGGUGACCGUUUACUGGUUGCAAAUGUUGGAGACUCAAGAGCUGUUAUUUGCAGGGGUGGUAAAGCCUUUGCUGUUUCUCGCGACCACAAACCUGAUCAAAGUGAUGAACGACAACGUAUUGAGGAUGCUGGGGGCUUUGUCAUGUGGGCAGGAACUUGGAGAGUUGGUGGUGUUCUAGCUGUUUCUCGUGCAUUUGGUGAUAAGCUGUUGAAGCAAUAUGUGGUGGCUGAUCCAGAAAUCCAGGAGGAGAAGGUUGACAACUCGCUCGAGUUUCUGAUCCUGGCAAGUGAUGGACUUUGGGAUGUUGUGACAAAUGAUGAAGCUGUUGCAAUGGUUAAACCGAUCCAGAGCCCAGAAGAGGCAUCAAAAAGGCUGAUGCAAGAAGCUUCUCAGAGAGGUAGUGCUGAUAACAUUACAAUAGUUGUUGUCCGUUUCUUGGACAAUCAAGGGGGUUGCUUUCCUAGCGGUGGUUCAACUUCCCAUUAAAAUGGGAGUGUGGCCGGCCGUGUGCACUAAUAGAGAACAUAGAUCUCUGGGCGUUUAUAGAUAUUGCGUUUUUCAGUUCCUAGUGAAUGUUUGAUGCAAGUCGUUCCUGACAAAGUUUCUACUGUUUAAUUUUCUGUUAUUGCAUUUUCAAAAGUCCAGUGGUUGUAGUUGUUUUAAGUUUUUUGUUAAGUUCUGUGUGCGUUGAAAAAACAAUAAAUGUACAAGUACCGUUUAUUUAAGUCGAUUUGUGUAAUUUCAAAGUGUGCAAAGUACGUUGACUCUAAUUUGUGUAAUGAUCAUAUGGAAAAACAUAUCUUCUGACCUG